ACAACAACAACAACAAUUCGAAAUUGCGCCAGCAUGAUCAAUUGAUCACACUCCAUACCAUAGUAAGUGUGUAAUUCAUUUUUCCGGAGGCACAAGACAAUAAUCAAAGAUACUUACCGUUUCCAACAUGGAUCCUUCGACAAAAAUCUGGAAAACCAUUGUUUUAGCUGAUGCCUCUUUGGAAUUUGACAAAAAUGAGCUCGAAGCACAAAAACAGCGUCUGUUAGAAGAAUUAAAGCAGACCAAUUCCCAAAUUAGUGAUGCUUUGGCCACAAAUGCUGAAUUAAAAUCAAGCAUUGAGUCUGAAGACAAGGUUUUUCAAUCCUUGGCUGGUUCAGUUUCCCUUCUCAAAGAGUCGAAAAAUUCUUUGUCUAAAGAAAAAAAUGACCUCUUGAAACAACUUGAAUUGCAGCAAAUUAAAAACCAUGAGGAUAAGAAACAGCAAGAUGCAACAAUCUCCUUCUAUGAAGCAAUGUGGGAGAAAAAUUUAGCCCAGUUUCAUAAUAUACCUUCAGUUAAGAGAAAGCUACAAUUAGAGACAGAAGUAAAAAAGCAAGAGAUAGAAUUGCGAAUGAAAAAAAAAGAACUUGAGGAAACAUCCAAUAGCACUAAACAGUUUGUUGAAAUAAAUGAACGGCGGUGGCAAGUGCAAUGCAUCAAACUUGCUCAAGCCUGGGCCAACAAGGAAUCGGAAGUAAAAAGAAAUGAGCAGCUUCAUAAAAAACUAAAUGAUUUGAUGAAGAGAGCAGAUCAUCCGAAAGAAAAACGUGAAGCCACCUCGAAAGCACAAAAAGCAGUCAGCACUGUCCAAGUAUUGCCCUAUAAGAAAGGCACACGGGACUUAUCAGCACCUCACAGCAGGUUUGGUAGGCUGCAAGAUAUAUCCUUAGACUUCUCACCCUCAGGCAUUGAUAUGAAAUUGAAAGAAUGGCAAAAAAAGCGAGAGGCUGAUAACUAUCGACAUUUUAGUUUCUCUGUCAACCAAAGUAAUUUGCAAGAAUCUGCAGAUAAUAAUACGAAUGAAUUUGUUCAGAGUAAUACACCUCACAAUUCCAGAAAUGUUGCAUCAAGAAUUCCAGUAUUUGAUGGGGCAAAGUUUAAAGGAGUAAGCCCAUCCCUCAUCAAUAUGAGGCAGGAAAGAGUGUCAAGACUGGAAAUCCAUACUCCGAAAAUUGCCAAACCUAGUGAAAUUAUGUCGCCUAGAAACUCAAGAAUCCCAAUUUCUAACAGUCCCAUGAACCGUGUGAAAGAACUCACCUCUUCAGAUAGAACCAAAAACGUAUCUCGUUCCCAUGCAUCAACUGCUUUAAAAAAAUUACCCACUACCAUUCAGAGACAGGUGGUUCCUUCCUUGCAUUCUGCCACUUCUGACUCAUCCAAGAGGAAAUUUGACAGCAAGAGUUUUAAAAACAAAGAAACUCCACAAAAAUUUCCGAAAAAGGACAUUUUCCCCAGCAGUGCAAAGCAACAAGAAUGGAACAUUCCUCAAGAAGUAUCAACUAUUCCACACAAUUUUCAUCGAUCAAGAGAACAGUCUAAUCAAGAACAUCAGAUAAUUAGCAGAUGUGAGGAAAUGGAUGGAACCCAUGAAAAUGAGACAGAAAUUGAUUACAGCAGCAGCCUCCAUGGAUCACUCAAUAAAACCUUCACAGUUGGAGGUGCAACCAUGGUCAACAGAGAGGAGAAUACAUCGCUCCGAUCUUCGACCCCAGUAGAGCCAGGACGUAGAGAUGAAAACUUUGACGAAUACAGAGUCGACAAUUCCCUACCAUCAGGUCCUAUGAAUGAAGAAAGGAUUGAUGGAACGGUAUCCAAGUAUUUUAAUCGUACGUCGGAUAAAGAAAAUACGCCACCUGGAGGCAUAAUUGAAAAAAGUCCAACACCAAAUCGAACUUUUCAAAGUGAUGAUGGAGAAAUUUUGCCAAAUGAAAAUGCAGAUGAUGCAUCAAUCCUAGAAAAUCAAUUUGAUACCUCAGCUUUGGAUAAUAACUAUAGUUUUCAAGCAGUUUCUCCUCCCAUGUCUCCUCUUCAAAUGGAUGAUGAUAUUUCAGGGGAAAAUUUUUCCAAGGACCUCAAUAAAGAAGGAGAUUCCUCAGAUGGUGAGCGGAGGAAUGCCCAGACAAGAUAUAUUGUUGAUACUUUCUCUUUUACCUCUCAACCCAAGAAGAAGCCAUUAAAUUCCUUAUUUUAAUCCUAAUUUCUUCUAAAGUUUUUGGAGCUCCUACAAAAUGUACCAUAAGGGGACCAGAAGCAGCUGAACUAAAUUAAAGUAAAGUGACACCAGAACUUAACAUAAAAUAAUGUUCAUAGUUAUAAUCCCAAGAUCUCUAUCUUUUCCCUCUUUUUGUUGGGGGUUUUUAUUGUAGUACUAAUUUAUUAUUUCAUUAUAUUGUUUAUUCAAAUAUUUUUAUCCAAAGAUAUCCAAGUGUUCUUGUAAAUGAAGAUGUUUGUUAUUAAUUUCGUGAAGUUUAAUUUCCGUUGUUAUCCGUACAUUGGUUUUUCUAUGUAGUUAGUAAUAUCCAUAAAUUAUGGAAAAACGACUCUGUCUGGGUACUGAAGUCAUAAAAUGACCAUUACUUGUAAAUGUAUCGUAACACCUCCUCUCAGGAGAAGACUCAAAUAUUCAAGGUAGAUAUCUUACCUAGCAUUGCCUUUUAAAUAUGCCUACAAUUUUUUUGAAUUCAUUACAGUGUUCAAUAAUGUAGCCGUCUAGCUUUUUCUUCUUUUGUCUCUCCAAAAAAAAAUUGAUAAUAAUUAGAAUUUAUAUUGUUCCUUUGUACCAAAUCAUUUUUAUAACUACUUACCUAUUGUUGCAAUUAUAUCAAAUUCAAUUGUUCUUCCUUUAAAAAGUUAUCCGUUCUCAGUGCAUAUUUCCACCAUC